GGGGCUUCCCCUUGGCUGACGGGACCGGCGGGAUGGUGAUGAUGAUGCAUGAGCCUAAACUACGCUCUCCCGUCUGCUGUCCGCAUCCGCAUUGCGAACCAAAUCAGCAUCCAUCCCGGCCUCCGCGAGAUGCUAAAUGCUCCCCCCUUCUUACCUGGGGCUUCCCCUUGGCUGACGGGACCAGCGAGAUCGUGAUGCUGAUGCAUGAGCCCAAACCACGCUCAUCCCGGAAAGCCUCACGAGGAUUCCACAAACGGCAUUUUCCGCGGCGUGUUUUGCGCGCAUCAAUCAAACGCGUCCGCAACAGAAGACGGGAAUGCGCGGGCGCCGGCAAUAAAAAGCUCAACGGCCUCGCCGCAUACCUAAUGCGUCCCCAGCCCCCCAUACAACAGACCGUUACGAACGAAGACUACCGUUUCCGGGAGGACGGAGGAGGGACACCACUCUCCGUCGCGCAUUCCUGGUCCGUCCGUCUACCGCCUAGCACGUUUUCCGUUCUCCCGGAUCGACUACCUACUGAGUACUCCGUAAUCCGGCAGCAACCGAGCAAGAGCCGACGGCGCCCCCCCCCUUGACGACGUAGUUCCAUGGUAAAGGGUUAGCAGGGUGUGAGGAGAUAUCACGACCGUGAACGUCAACACACAGCUGCCGCUAGGCCGGAUAAGGACCCCCCUGCCGCACCGCUUCAGCGUUCCCUGCCUUCCGGGCCCCACAACCCGUUAGGCCGGCGCAAUCUCGGGGAACCAGGGCUCGACAUAACUCGAACAUCCACCACGCUGCCGGGUGAGUAGCCAAGUGAAGCAAGCAGGCAGGGGAAGCAAAGCAAGGCAGAGCAAAGCAAACACACAGACACUUUACG